AUGCCCCUCCACGAAUUACCUGCAACAUUGCGAGAUGCCAUUGUUGUUGCUCGCAACCUAGGGUUUCAGUAUAUCUGGAUCGACGCCAUCUGUAUCGUUCAGGACGAUGAAGCGGAGUGGGCCAACGAGGUUGCAAAUAUGCAGCACGUUUACGCUGGCGCAUCGUUCACAAUUUCGACUGUGGCGUCGAGUAGCAGUGAGGAUGGGCUAUUUCGACUCCGUGAGACUCGCAAUUCAACGGCCGUCUGCUUAAGUUACAGAAUACCCAAGGCAUUCCGUGAAUAUGCGUGGCAAGCAGGAUCCAGUCCCCCCCGGGUCCCAAAUUCUCCUAUGUAUCUCGUUGCAUGCCCCAACAUCCUCUCGGCCAUGGAACCUUCUAUGUAUGGACCCGUUCACCAACGGGCAUGGACUCUCCAAGAGCAAAUGAUGAGCACUCGGAUUUUGUACUAUGGCCGAGGAAUGCUCUGGUGGGAGUGUUUCGAUCUCUACGCGUCCGAGAGCCAGCCCGGACCAUUACACUUGUCAGAUUACGCGGCAUGGGAAAGAUCCGAGACAAAGAACGCUGUUCGAGGGGAGCUUACGCACCGAUGGGCGGGGGCCGACGUGUUUAAGCAUUGGCAGGAGCUGGUGGAAAAUUAUACCGGCCGUACCGUGACAGACAGACGAGACCGGUUGACUGCCAUUGUCGGGUUGGGCCAUGCCAUGGAACCAUUCAUGAAGAGCAAAUUUGUUGCCGGCGUAUGGCCGGGCGACCGGCUUUUGGAGAGUCUCUGCUGGGAAGCUCGUGUCUACGAUCACUCGAUGCGCAAUCCCCAAUUUCCCUCAUGGUCCUGGGCCUCGGUGAAUGCACUCGCUCUUUACGACCUCGCAGGCCAUCUAAAUGCGUACGGAGUAAUGCGCCGCAUUGCUGAUGUCGUCUCUUUUGAUGCUAAUAUUUCUGACGAGGCACAAACGGCCGUGACGGGCUCCGUUACCCUUAAGGGGACGGUCGGUAGACUAGCAAAGCCGGCGAAAUGGAAUACAGACGAAUCAGUUUUGGAUCCGUACCGCCCGGACUGCAUGGCUGACCCUAUCGAUCAAUGCUGGUAUAUUGAUGUUCUUGAAUCUCGCAAGUGGACCCCGGCGCGACGCGUCCGGCUAUUAUUGCGCCAAGAGGACAUUGAAAAUAAAACUUUUAGGCGGAUCGGAAUUGGCCUUGGGGAUAGUGAAGGGUGCUCUGAAAUUAUAGAGAAUGAAGUCAUCGUGCUCAUUUAG